AACACACAAAGUGAAGGGAGGGGAAGAGGGCGAGUCCAGAGAGAGCGAGCGAGCACAACUCGGCGAGCAGGAGAGUCUUGGGUUACAGGAGCACUGUAAGGCAGGUUCCAGAAGAGUGGCGCAAAACGGUCGAUAUAUUCCACCCGUCCUCCCCCGCAGCCCGUGGCGGCUCGGGCUUUGGCCUCCACAGAGGCCGGGGCCUCCACAGAGGCCGGGGCCAUCAGCCACGACUGAGCUAGCAUGGGACAGAGCGCCAGCCCUCAGACAGCAGCCCAGCAACCAGCGCUACACAACAACACCGGCGAUGAGGUGGACUUGCAGCGCGGUUCGACCGGGAGCGUGGGGGGCAACUCUGGGGGCAGCAGCAGCCCCCCGUCCAAGCGCAAGGGCAAGUUCACCACCUUCGGCAACAUCUUCAAGCCCUGGAAGUGGAGGAAGAAGAAGGCGAGCGAGAAGUUCACGGAAACCUCUAUAGUUUUGGAGAGGAAGAUCUCCAUGAGAAGACCCAGACAGGAGCUGAUCGACAGAGGGGUGCUGAAAGAGAUCCCCGAAAAUGAGAUCAACGACGCGAACCGCGCCAAAGCCCCGCUGCCCAAGAACGGUCACGGCCCGGCCUUAGACGUGGACCACAUCUCUCUGUCGGGGAGGCGCGUCUCCCAGGGGGGGGACGCCCCCUCCGACCCCAGGUCCAGCCUGAAUCCCACCUGGCUGCCCCAGGUGGACGAGCGCCACAGCAGCUUCUCCGCCGGCGACCUGCGGGGCAGGGUGUCGUCGGACGCCUCGCGGAGCAGCCGCGCCCCGCUGGACGUGGACUCCCACGCCCGCCUGCCCGCGGAGGGGGACCGGCGCGGCCGCCUGGCCUCGGACCUCGAGAAGCGAGCGGGCUCCCUGCCCCGAGGGGGCCCCCAGGACGAGGGCCGUCACCGGCGGGAGGAGAGGAGAGACAAGGACGAGAGGAGAGACAAGGACGAGAGGAGAGACAAGGACGAGAGGAGAGACAAGGACGAGAGGAGAGACAAGGACGAGAGGAGAGACAAGGACGAGAGGAGAGACAAGGACGAGAGGAGAGACAAGGACGAGAGGAGAGACAAGGACGAGAGGAGAGACCCGCGCGACGAGAGGGAGGAGCGAGGCCGGAGGGAGGAGAGGGAGGAGCGAGAGAGGAGGGAGCGGGAGCGGCGAGACGACAGGGAGCGCGAGGGAGGGGACAGGAAGGAGGAGAAGGACCGCCGAGAGAGGAGGGACGACCGGGGGGAGAGGGAGGAGAGGGAGCGGAGAGACCGCGACGAGCGCGAGAGGAGGGAGGAGCGGGAGAGGGCGGACGACAGGGAGAGGAGGGAGGGCAGGCCCGAGGACAGAGAGAGGAGGGACGACAAGGUCCGGAGGGACGACCGGCGAGAGGAGAGGGAGAGGAGGGACGACCGCGGGGAGAAGAGAACUGAGCGGGAGAGACCGGAAGAGAGGGAGAGGAAGGAAGACAGAGAAAGGAGGGAGGAGAGGGAUAGGAGGGAGGAGAGGGAUAGGAGGGAGGAGAAGGAAAGGCGAGAGGAGAAGGAAAGGAGAGAGGAGAAGGAAAGGAGAGAGGAUAGGGAGAGGAAGGAAGCUCGCGAGGGAAGGCCGGAUACUAAAAGACCCGUGGAGGAGGUCCGCCCUCCAGCCAGGCCCCACUUUGAGACCGAGGCCAGGCCCGGCCCAGUCUUCUACGAAGACCAGAAGAAAUCUCGUCCCGUCUCCGAGAUGACUGGCACGUCCUCGCUGUCCAGGCGCACCCCACCCGAGGAGUUCCGCCCGCGCACAGGGUCUGUCGGUGCCCGGUUUGCCCCCGACCCCGAGUCUGCACGCGACUCUCAUAGAGAGCUGCCCCCCCCCAAACAGGCCAUGCUGCCCCCCAAGAAGCCCGCUGCUCCCUCCCUUGAGCCCGCCCCUCCCUCCUCCUCCUCCUCCUCCUCCUCUGCUGUACCAGUGGCCAAGCCCCCAAGGACCGUCUCCCUGAUGGUCGACGACCUCCCUCCUCCGCGCGCCGCCUCCGCCGCCCCCCCCGCCGGGGAGCCGAGCGCCCCCCCUCCCGUGCCCCCCCACGCCAAACAGCCUCCCGUCCCCCCGCCCAAGCCCAGCAACCGCAACAGCAACCCCGCACUGCUUGCCUCCACCCUGCACAGGUUCUCCAGGUCCCGCCCGGCCCCCCACCACUGGUACAGCUGGAGACGGCAGGGCGAGCAGGGCCACUACCUCUCCCUGCCCAGCCACCUGUGCCAUCGUGCUGGACAACCCUGCCCAGCCGAGCUGUCUCAGCCCUCCAGUGGAGUCAUCGUGGUACCUGCCCCCGCCAGGCGCUCUCCACCCACCCCGCCCAAGAGGAUGACACCCGUCACCAAGCGCCAAUCGGAGGAGCCGCUGCCUCCGCCCUCCCCGGCCCCGGCCCCGGCCUCGGGGCCCGGCUCCGGCCCCAACCCCUCGGUCUCCAUCACCCUGCCCACCGCUGCUCCGGCAGGGCCCAGUACUGAGAACAUCAGCUCUGACCCGACCUCCCCGCCCCCAGCACACGUACCCCCGUCGCCUCCCCACACCCUGCCCAACCCCGCCCCCACCCCACAGCAGAGGGAACCUCCGCCGCCCACCACGGAUCCGCCCAGCCACCCUCCCAACAUCCCCCUGCACAUCCUGAUCCAGCAGGCCCUGAACAACAGCCCCAGGCCGUCCCCGUCCAACACGGGGAGUUCGCAGAGGGCCCACUCCCUGCUGUUCGAGACCCCGCCAGAGUUCCUGGUGGAGCACGGGGGCCGCUACUCUCUCCCCGUCACCAUCGAGCCUCUCAGACUACCCGACGACGACGACUUCGACAUGGAGGAGGAGCUGCAGAAGCUGCACCCGGCGCGCGUCGCCCCGGGGCCACGGCAGCCCGAGCUGGAGCCCCGCAGCCGCAGGGGCCUGGUGGACGACCCCCGCGUGUCGGUCAUCCCCGAGGGCCGCGGCCACGGCGACAGCGAGGAGGACGAGGAGGAGGAGGAGGACGAGGAGGCGGAGGAGACCGACUCGGACGGGCCCAUCCUCUACAGGGACGACCCGGACGAGGACGAAGGCCCUCCCAGCGGGCUGGCCAGCCGCGUGAGGAGGAAGGACACGCUGGCGCUGAAGCUGGAGAAGCAGGAGCGCCAGGCCAUGGAGGCCCAGGGCGACCAGGACGGCACCACCUGGCAGAGCCGGGAGCAGUGGGAGGCCCUGAGGAACAAGAUCGGCACCACGCUCACACGGAGGCUGAGCCAGAGGCCCUCACUAGAGGAACUGGAGCAGAGGAACAUUUUCCAAGUGAACGAAGCGGAUCGACGGGCAGAGAGGAGCGAGAUUAAGCGCAGGCUUACCAAAAAGCUGUCCCAGAGGCCCACGAUAGCCGAGCUGCAGGAAAGGAAGAUCCUGCGCUUCCACGAGUACGUGGAGUGUACCCAUGCCAACGACUACGACCGGCGCGCAGACAAGCCCUGGACCAAGCUCACCCCGGCCGACAAGGCGGCCAUCCGCAAGGAACUCAACGAGUUCAAGAGCUCCGAGAUGGAGGUUCACGAGGAGAGCAGGAUCUACACCAGGUUCCACCGGCCUUAGCUGACUGUCCGUGUCCACUUGAGAAUAAGCACUUAGACCGGGGCUUGAGGGGGGGGCAUGGUGGGGAACACAGCCCCCUGGCACAGAGCAUCCCCCUCUCCAAGUACCCUGGGAUGCCCACCCCCACGUCUGAAACCUUGGACUAGGGGUGCCGUCCUUCAGCCCAGACACUGCCCGCCCUCGGUACCAAACACUUCCCGUUGGUGGUCCCCUGCCUGCUACUCCCACUGCAGACCCUGCUGACCAUGUAUGCAGCCGCAGCAUCAGAGAUGCGGAUCAAGCCCCCGAACUCUGAGCAGAAGCAGAGGAGGAAAGAUGGCGGUUCACUGCCAAUGGAGAGCUCGCGGUCACUGUUUCACCUGGGCCACGCUGGAGGUUCCCUGUGCCAAUACUGAGGGUGGGGGGGGGUGAGGGGACGGGCUCUCCUCGGGGGCUCUGUCGUGACGGGAGCAGAGCCGUGUCUGGAAGGACGUGUUGUCAAAGGACAGAGAGACUGUGACAGUUGGUUUCCUGUUCUGUUAUUUCUGUCUGCUCUCUCUCUCUCUCUCUCUCUCUCUCUCUCUCUCUCUCUCUCUCUCUCACUCUCACUCUCACUCUCUCUCUCUCUCUCUCUCUCUCUCUCUCUCUCGUCCUCCUCAGGCUAUACAGAUCCAGUGAGGCCUUCAACUUCAUUUAAGAGUUUGUGAAAAUGUUUUUAUCUCCUGAUGGGGAAGAUAGUGUACAGAGAUUAUCCUAAAUCUUCAUAUUAUAUUUGUAAAGGCGGUACUAAUUAUAAUUUUUCUUCUAACUGAUAAUUAGUUAAUAGUGUUUUCUUCUGAUAAACCACAUUGUGUGUGUUUGUAUAGACAUGCAUGUCUGUUCAAGGGUACCCACUGGUGUACCAGCCUUAUUUUGGAAGUGACUGGUUAAUCUUAUGUGCAUAUAAUUUUUAAGUGUAAUAUAUAUUAUGUUCCUACUAUUUGUCAAAUGGUAUGGGGGAGACCAGGUUGGUACAUGAAAGGGUGUGUCUGUUUCAACCAUGUUGGUGUAAAACUCCAGAGCGUUUAUGAACAAACUUUGUCUAUUACGGCAUGGAGCACCACAACUCACUGGUUGCUUUUUAUUUAGUUGAUACAUUUAUAUAUAGAUGUUGUGUGCUGAAUAAUCUUUAUUAAUGCACCUUACUGUUAAAUGGGAAUCAUGAAAACUGUAAUUUGUAUAAUAAAAAUAAUAAUGUGACUUUAGAAUUCCAAACUUACACUACGAUUCUUUGAUGGUUGGCAUUGAAAAACUAUUGGAGAAUGACCAUAUUAUUUGGACUUCACUGUGGUUGUGCGAUACACUGUGGUUGUGCGAUACACUGUGGUUGUGCGAUACACUGUGGUUGUGCGAUACACUGUAUGUGUGGACGGGUGGGCGGUCUCCACCGUUCCACUCUAGAUUCAUCAUGUAGGUUAGAUGUGUUCUUUAAUGUACAUGACUGUCUAAUUCUAACAAAUGUUUAAUUGACUUAAAGUAUUAUGCAACUAUUUUUUCAAAGCGGUAUGACCCGAUAAUGUUGCAGAGAUUGGUACAGAAAAGGGUUUAUUACAAAUGUAUAGUUUCUUUUGUUGUUUGUUUUUUGUUUGUUUUUUACAAAGAGAUCUAUGAAGCUCUCUUGCAAGCUACUACUGUGUAAAUGGUCAACUCCCAUUCAAAUUAAAAGAAAAUGUGAUCAUGAGAAGA